AUGCCUUUUGGUUUAUGCAAUGCACCCGCAACCUUUCAACAGUGCAUGAUGGCCAUAUUCUCUGACAUGGUGAAAAAAUAUACUGAGGUAUUCAUGGAUGAUUUUUCUGUGUUUGGAGAUUCAUUUGAUGACUACUUAGAUCGGUUGGCUCUUGGCAUUGAAGUUGACAAAGCCAAGAUACAAGUGAUUGAAAAAUUACAGCCUUCUAAUUCAGUUAAGGGGGUCAGAAACUUCUUAGGAUAUGCAGAGUUUUACAAAAGGUUCAUUCAAGAUUUCUCAAAAAUUACAAAACCUCUGUGUAAUCUACUGGAGAAGGAUGUACCAUUUCACUUUUCUGAUGAAUGCUUAAAUGCCUUUAAUACUUUGAAAGAAAAGUUAACUUCUGCACCAGCGAUAGUAGCACCUGAUUGGGAUUUACCUUUCGAACUUAUGUGUGAUACUAGUGAGUUUGCAGUGGGAGCAGUGCUUGGCCAACGUAAAGGAAAAAUGUUACAUGUAAUCUACUAUGCCAGCAAAACCUUGACAGAUACUCAGAUCAAUUAUGCAACAAUAGAAAAAGAGAUGCUAGCAGUGGUAGCGGCUCAUUUAUCAAGGCUAGAAAAACUGUGUGAUUCAGAAGACAUUGAUAUUAAUGAGGUCUUCCCAGAUGAACAGUUAUUGCAAAUAGAGAAGGUUCUGUGUAUAGGGGCAAACCAGAUCAUUAGGAGAUGUGUACCAGAGGAUGAGAUGAAACUUAUCCUUUCACGGGUUCAUGCUUCGGCUUAUGGAGGACACUUUGGCCCCACUAAAACAGCAGCAAAGGUGUUUCAAUGUGGUUUCUUUUGGCCUACACUGUUCAAGUAUUGCCACAGUUUCUGCAGGUCUUGUGAUAAAUAUCAGAGAACAGUGGAUUAUGUCUCUAAAUGGGUAGAAGGUAAUGCCUUGCCUACAAAUGACACAAAGGUGGUGGUGGACUUCAUAAAGAAACACAUCUUUAACUGCUAUGGAUCACCUAGGGCCAUAAUAAGUGAUGGUGGAACUCAUUUCUGCAAUCGGUUAUUCCAGGCAACAAGUGGACAUGUGGAAACCUCUAAUAGACAAUUGAAAAGAAUUCUGGAGCUCACUGUGAAUGCAUCUCGCAAAGAUUGGUUAAAGAAAUUAGACAAUGCUUUAUGGGCAUAUCGCACUACUUACAAGACACCUAUUGGGAUGUCCCAAUAUCGACUAGUCUUUGGAAAAGCAUGCCACCUACCAGUGGAGUUUGAACAUAGAGCAUACUGGGCAUUGAAACAGUUAAACAUGGACCUCGAAAAGGCUAGAGAAAUAAGAAUACUGCAGCUACAUGAAUUGGAGGAAUUUAGAAGAGAAGCAUAUGAGAAUGCAGUCAUCUACAAGGAAAGGACAAAGCAGUGA